AUGAAUGCUGACGAUGGUUUCGAGGCCACGCAGUUGGCGCUCUCCUCCGCACGUUACAUUGCCUCUUUUGACAAAGAUGUUCCAGCGUGUGAUUUCUCUGGAAUAGGACAGCUUGCUUUCCUGUGGGCGGGUGUUCUUGGUGUGGAAUACCCCGUCGUCAACAGCAUAGCGGCAUGCGAUGCAGUUAACAAUACUUCCGCGCCUGUUGAUGCAGAGAAGUCAAUCCCACAUGCCGACGCAAGGAAGAGCAAUUGUGGAAUUCAACCCUUUAUCCUCUAUCUCAUUCUUGAUAGAAUGCCUCCCAGUUUGGGCAUGCCCUCGGCUGCUGCACGGUUGGUUCAGUUCCAAAGGUCUGCGCAGGGAUAUCUUGUUCUCCCCCCACUGCGGCUCAUUUUCCCCUCUCACGCAGUCACGGGCUGCUUGAGCACCACCAGCACCACCGCCACCACAUCACUCAAACCCAUCCUCCACUCCCCUCCACUCCACUCCACCGCCAGCUCAUCCUCACCACGCAGGGGCCAUACGAGCACCGAUCAAGGAUCAUCGAACGUUCGAUUACUCCCAUCCUCAAUCGUAUCCUCUGCUCACUUGGUGGCUCGUUUCGACCCGACAAAGCUCGGGGGCUGA